GGAAGCUGCAACUGACAAGCCGCGGGAUCAGACUCUCUUACAAAACAGAGGCAUAUUAGUGUUGCCAGCACAUACGCCAUCGUCAUGGAUGCGGCGUAGGAGGCUGGUCGCGGUAAUAUCUCUUUACUCGAUCGAGGCUUCCUCCGUGCCAGCUGCCUGGUCGCACCGCCACGGGGCACCUCCGCUCCGCGCCUCCACGCCCGACGCCCGACCGAGGGGCCGCGCACCGGCAAACCCAACAUGCAGGUCACCCCCCGGGCCAUGUUGGCCACAGCGCUGCGCCCGGCGAGCCUCCGCUAUCACAGGCCGUCAUCCGCCUCUUGGGCUUCCAUUACCAGGCUGAGAUGUCUCGGGACUGCGUCGCUGGCCCACGAUGCGGUCGCCUCCGAGGUGGCGACAUCCGCCGCGCCAACAACUUCGUCGUCGCGGCGAGAGCGCCUCCGCCGCGCAAAGCCCUUUUCCGAGUUCUUGACCGACACGUUUCAUCGGCAACAUGAUUAUCUGCGUAUAUCGGUCACAGAGCGCUGCAACCUUCGCUGCGUGUAUUGCAUGCCCGAGGAAGGCGUUCCUCUAUCGCCGAACAGGGAGCUGCUUACGACACCCGAGAUCGCGAUGCUGGCGUCCCUUUUCGUCGGGCAAGGAGUGAGCAAGAUUCGUCUUACAGGCGGCGAACCCACCGUCCGCCGAGACAUUCUUCCCCUGAUGCAUCAAAUUGGAGCGUUGCGGCCACAGGGGCUCCGGGAAUUGUGCAUCACAACGAACGGUAUCUCUCUCCACCGGAAGCUGGACAGCAUGGUCGAGGCGGGGCUGACGGGUGUCAACCUCAGUCUCGACACGCUGGACCCGUGGCAGUUCCAGAUCAUGACUCGCAGGAAGGGAUUCGACGCGGUUCAGAAGAGCAUCGAGAGGAUUCUGGAACUCAACAAGCAAGGCGCCGGCAUCAAGUUGAAGAUCAACUGCGUCGUCAUGCGCGGGGUCAACGACCGCGAAGUCAUCCCUUUUGUCGAAAUGACGCGGGAGAAGGAUAUCGAGAUCCGCUUCAUCGAGUACAUGCCGUUUGACGGCAACAAGUGGAAUCAGGGCAAGAUGUUCAGCUACGCGGAGAUGUUGGACUUGAUCAGGUCAAAGUACCCAGAGCUCGAAAAGGUACAGGAUCACAAGAACGACACGAGCAAAACGUGGCGCAUACCUGGCUUUACGGGCCGCAUCGGCUUCAUCACGAGUAUGACACACAACUUUUGCGGAACCUGCAACAGGCUCCGCAUCACAGGCGACGGGAACCUCAAAGUGUGUCUCUUCGGAAACGCCGAGGUGUCACUGAGAGACAUUCUGCGCAAGUCCAACAGCGGCGAGCCGAUUGACGAAGAGGCUUUUGAGGCCAUGAAGCAGAUCGAGAUGGAUCGUCGGCAAGGCUUGGUGGCCUCGGGCCAGCCGCUGGGAAUCGCGCCCAACGAAGCGGAGCUUCUCGACGUCAUCGGCGCCGCGGUAAAGAGGAAGAAGGCGAAGCACGCGGGCCUGGGGGAGUUGGAGCACAUGAAGAACCGACCAAUGAUCUUGAUAGAUGAUUUACGUGCGUCGCUUACUGGGCCCAUGCCUGCCAAGAUGCGACUACAGGUGAGCGGCGCCAUGGCUCAUCUAUUACGGCCUGGCGUUCAGGGAACAAUGAGGGGGCACUUGGGCGAGCAUCGGCGGUCUCUGUGCACGUCCCGGCGCAUGGCCAAGGACAAUGGCCAGGGCUCAUCAGGACCUCCGCACGGGCAGGGCGGCGGGGAAGGGGUCCAGCUGACGCACGUCUCCGAGGCGGGCUCGGCUCGGAUGGUGUCCAUCUCUGAGAAGCAGGUGACGUCGCGCGUGGCCACGGCGGCGUGCAGCGUGCGCUUCUCCAGCGGCAAGGCGCUGAGGCUCAUCCGGGAGAACCAGAUGAAGAAGGGCGACGUGCUGGGGGUCGCCCGGGUGGCGGGCAUCAUGGCGGCCAAGCGGACGCCGGACCUGAUACCGCUGUGCCACCCAAUCGCCGUGUCGCACGUCUCGGUCGACCUGGAGGCGACGGGGGCCGAAGACGACGGCGACGGCGGGGGACCGUCGGGAGGAUCGCCGGGCAUCGAGAUCCGGGCGACGGUGACGUGCGACGGCAAGACCGGGGUGGAGAUGGAGGCCAUGACGGCGGCGUCGGCGGCGGCCCUGACUGUAUACGACAUGUGCAAGGCGGUGGACAAGGGGAUGCGCAUCGAGGGUCUGCGGGUGGUGCUCAAGGACGGCGGCAAAAGCGGGCGCUGGGAGAUGGAGUAGUAGUGGCACUUCGUUACGAAGUACCAAGGUAGCAGCAGAGUCGUCGACGAGGGGCAUCGAAGUCAGUCAGGCAUGCAGGCAGCUGGGGGUGGCGCAUGCGAGUAAUUGCAGAUGCGUCUGGAGAGCGUCGAACGUGCAUGGCAGGGCGCACUGGAAAGCAGAAGCCACCUUGGCAGCCCGCCACGCGCAGAAAAACUAACGUUAAUAAGUUGGACGGACGAGGCGGCCAUGUCUUGCUGCCGUCGCAGCGUGGAUAUUGAGUACGGCAUAUUGUAG